GGCAACAUGGCGGAGUGAGCGGCGGCGUCGGGGCUUCACAACAACAGCGGCGCCGGUGGCAGCGGCCCGAGCUUCGGCCCCCGGCGGAGGGCGGAGGACAGUGCGAGACGAGGCAGCAUCCCCGCGGGGGGCCGGGCCGGUGACAGCGAGCUGUGGAACUCGGUGACGGGAGCGCUGAGGGGAUCUGGGAGGAGAGAUCCGAGAGGCGAGCGCCGAGGAGGCGCCCCGGGAGCGGAACUGGGGGAGACGGCUGCGGCAGGCUGGGAGAGGACCCGAGAGGAGACUUCCGCGGCGACCCCCCGAGGCGUUUGGCCGAGGCGCCCCGCACGGUCGCCGGGCCCGGCUGAGGCGCGGACGGGAGCGGGCCCCGGCGCCGCGGCGCUGGUGGAUGCUGGGGCUGCGAGGCGCCGGCCGGGGGGCGGGGGCCGCGGCGGGGAUAACGGAACCGGCGGAGGCGGCGCGGCGGCGCUGCGCGGCUCCUCAGCAGCGGGGCGGAUGGCGAGCGACAAGCCGGGCCCGGGGCUCGAGGCGCAGCCCGCCGCUCUCCUGGCCGUCGGGGCCGGCGGCGGUGGAGGCGGCGGAGGCGCCAUGGGGGAGCCGCGGGGGGCGGCCGGCUCGGGCUCAGGCCCGGUGGUGCUGCCCGCGGGGAUGAUCAACCCUUCGGUACCGAUCCGCAACAUCCGGAUGAAAUUCGCCGUUCUUAUCGGACUCAUACAGGUCGGCGAGGUCAGCAACCGGGACAUCGUGGAGACCGUGCUCAACCUGCUGGUUGGUGGGGAAUUUGAUUUGGAGAUGAACUUUAUUAUCCAGGAUGCUGAGAGCAUAACAUGCAUGACCGAGCUUUUGGAGCACUGUGAUGUAACAUGUCAAGCAGAAAUAUGGAGCAUGUUUACAGCCAUCUUACGAAAAAGUGUCCGGAAUUUACAGACCAGCACAGAAGUGGGACUGAUUGAGCAAGUACUGCUGAAAAUGAGUGCUGUCGACGACAUGAUUGCAGAUCUUCUGGUUGAUAUGCUGGGGGUUCUUGCCAGCUACAGCAUCACUGUCAAGGAGUUGAAGCUUUUAUUCAGCAUGCUUCGAGGAGAAAGUGGAAUCUGGCCAAGGCAUGCAGUAAAAUUAUUGUCAGUUCUUAAUCAGAUGCCACAAAGACAUGGUCCUGAUACAUUCUUCAAUUUUCCUGGGUGUAGUGCUGCGGCAAUUGCAUUGCCUCCUAUUGCAAAGUGGCCUUAUCAGAAUGGCUUCACUCUCAACACUUGGUUUCGUAUGGAUCCAUUAAAUAACAUUAAUGUUGAUAAGGAUAAACCUUAUCUUUAUUGUUUUCGUACUAGCAAAGGAGUUGGUUACUCUGCUCAUUUUGUUGGCAACUGUUUGAUAGUCACAUCUCUGAAGUCCAAAGGCAAAGGUUUCCAGCACUGUGUGAAGUAUGAUUUCCAACCACGCAAGUGGUACAUGAUCAGCAUUGUCCACAUCUACAAUCGAUGGAGGAACAGUGAGAUCCGUUGUUACGUUAAUGGCCAGCUGGUAUCCUAUGGUGACAUGGCUUGGCAUGUUAACACAAAUGAUAGCUAUGACAAGUGCUUUCUUGGAUCUUCAGAAACUGCUGAUGCCAAUAGGGUAUUCUGUGGUCAGCUUGGGGCCGUGUAUGUGUUCAGUGAAGCUCUUAACCCGGCACAGAUAUUUGCAGUUCAUCAAUUAGGACCUGGUUAUAAGAGUACCUUCAAGUUUAAGUCUGAGAGUGAUAUUCAUUUGGCAGAACAUCACAAGCAGGUUCUGUAUGAUGGGAAACUUGCAAGUAGUAUUGCCUUCUCAUACAAUGCCAAGGCCACCGAUGCUCAGCUUUGCCUAGAGUCCUCACCAAAGGAAAAUGCCUCCAUAUUUGUGCAUUCUCCACAUGCAUUAAUGCUCCAGGAUGUGAAAGCUAUAGUAACACAUUCAAUUCAUAGUGCAAUCCAUUCAAUUGGAGGGAUUCAAGUACUUUUCCCACUUUUUGCCCAACUGGACAAUCGACAGCUUAAUGACAGUCAAGUGGAAACAACUGUCUGUGCUACUCUUUUGGCAUUCCUCGUUGAACUACUUAAAAGUUCAGUAGCCAUGCAAGAACAGAUGCUGGGUGGAAAAGGCUUUUUAGUCAUCGGCUACUUACUUGAAAAGUCAUCAAGAGUUCAUAUAACCAGAGCUGUGCUGGAACAGUUUUUAUCAUUUGCAAAAUACCUUGAUGGCUUAUCUCAUGGAGCACCACUAUUGAAGCAACUUUGUGACCAUAUUUUAUUCAACCCAGCCAUCUGGAUACACACACCUGCAAAGGUUCAACUUUCCCUAUAUACUUACUUGUCUGCUGAGUUUAUUGGAACUGCUACCAUUUAUACCACCAUACGAAGAGUUGGGACAGUAUUGCAAUUAAUGCACACAUUAAAAUAUUACUACUGGGUCAUUAAUCCUGCUGACAGCAGUGGCAUUACACCUAAAGGAUUGGAUGGUCCCCGGCCAUCACAGAAAGAGAUCAUAUCACUUCGGGCGUUUAUGCUGCUUUUUCUGAAGCAGCUCAUUCUGAAGGAUCGAGGUGUGAAAGAAGAUGAACUUCAGAGUAUAUUAAAUUAUUUACUUACAAUGCAUGAGGAUGAGAAUAUUCAUGAUGUAUUACAGUUAUUAGUGGCUUUAAUGUCAGAACACCCAGCCUCAAUGAUACCAGCUUUUGAUCAAAGAAAUGGAAUAAGGGUGAUCUACAAAUUGUUGGCUUCUAAAAGUGAAAGCAUCUGGGUACAAGCACUGAAAGUUCUGGGGUAUUUUUUGAAGCAUUUAGGUCACAAGCGAAAAGUUGAAAUUAUGCAUACCCAUAGUCUCUUCACUCUUCUUGGAGAAAGACUGAUGCUGCAUACAAACACUGUAACUGUCACCACAUACAACACACUUUAUGAGAUCUUGACAGAGCAAGUGUGUACUCAAGUUGUGCAUAAACCACACCCUGAGCCAGACUCUACAGUGAAAAUUCAGAACCCAAUGAUUCUUAAGGUGGUGGCAACAUUGUUAAAGAACUCAACACCAAGUGCAGAAUUGAUGGAAGUUCGUAGGUUGUUCUUAUCUGACAUGAUCAAGCUUUUCAGUAACAGCCGUGAAAACAGAAGAUGCUUACUGCAGUGUUCAGUGUGGCAGGAUUGGAUGUUUUCUCUCGGCUAUAUCAAUCCCAAAAGUUCUGAGGAACAGAAGAUUACUGAGAUGGUCUACAACAUCUUCCGGAUUCUUUUGUAUCAUGCAAUAAAAUAUGAAUGGGGAGGCUGGAGAGUCUGGGUGGAUACACUCUCAAUAGCCCAUUCCAAGGUUACUUAUGAAGCACACAAAGAAUACCUGGCCAAAAUGUAUGAGGAGUAUCAACGACAAGAGGAGGAGAACAUUAAGAAGGGAAAGAAAGGAAAUGUGAGCACCAUCUCUGGUCUUUCAUCACAGACAACGGGAGCAAAAGGAGGAAUGGAAAUCCGUGAGAUAGAAGACCUUUCCCAAAGCCAGAGCCCAGAGAGUGAGACAGACUACCCAGUUAGCACAGAUACACGAGACUUGCUCAUGUCAACCAAAGUAUCAGAUGAUAUUCUUGGAAGUUCAGACAGACCUGGUAGUGGAGUGCACGUGGAAGUGCAUGAUCUUCUGGUUGAUAUAAAAGCAGAGAAAGUAGAAGCGACAGAAGUAAAGCUUGAUGAUAUGGAUUUAUCACCAGAGACGUUGGUGGGUGGAGAGAAUGGUGCCCUCGUGGAAGUGGAGUCCUUGUUGGAUAAUGUGUAUAGUGCUGCUGUUGAGAAACUCCAGAACAAUGUGCAUGGAAGUGUUGGUAUCAUUAAAAAAAAUGAAGAGAAGGACAAUGGUCCGUUGAUCACACUAGCAGAUGAGAAAGAGGACCUUUCUAACAGUAGCACAUCCUUCCUCUUUGAUAAAAUACCCAAACAGGAAGAGAAACUACUUCCAGAACUUUCUAGCAAUCAUAUCAUCCCAAAUAUUCAAGACACCCAAGUACAUCUUGGUGUCAGUGAUGAUCUUGGAUUGCUUGCUCACAUGACUGCAAAUGUAGACUUAACUUGCACAUCAAGCAUAAUAGAAGAGAAAGACUUCAGAAUUCAUACGACUUCAGAUGGAGUGAGCAGUGUCUCUGAAAGAGACUUAGCUUCAUCAGUAAAGGGGUUGGACUAUGCUGAAAUGACUGCCACAACUCUGGAAACAGAGUCUUCCAACAGCAAAAUUGUACCUAAUAUUGAUGCAGGGAGUAUAAUUUCAGACACUGAGCGAUCUGAUGAUGGCAAGGAAUCAGGAAAGGAAAUCCGAAAAAUCCAGACUACUACAACAACACAAGCUGUUCAGGGCCGGUCUGUUACCCAACAAGACCGAGAUCUCAGAGUUGAUUUAGGAUUUCGAGGAAUGCCAAUGACCGAGGAACAGCGGCGCCAGUUCAGCCCUGGCCCCCGGACUACCAUGUUCCGGAUCCCGGAGUUUAAGUGGUCUCCAAUGCACCAGCGGCUUCUCACUGACUUGUUGUUUGCGUUAGAGACAGAUGUGCAUGUGUGGAGAAGCCAUUCUACAAAGUCUGUAAUGGAUUUUGUCAACAGCAAUGAAAACAUUAUUUUUGUACAUAACACAAUUCACCUCAUUUCCCAAAUGGUAGACAACAUCAUCAUUGCCUGUGGAGGAAUUUUACCUUUGCUCUCAGCAGCUACAUCACCAACUGGUUCUAAGACUGAACUGGAAAACAUUGAAGUGACACAAGGCAUGUCAGCAGAGACAGCAGUGACGUUCCUCAGCCGCCUCAUGGCUAUGGUUGAUGUCCUCGUGUUUGCCAGCUCUCUAAAUUUUAGUGAGAUUGAAGCCGAAAAAAACAUGUCUUCUGGAGGGUUAAUGAGACAGUGCCUAAGGCUAGUUUGUUGUGUAGCUGUGAGAAACUGCUUAGAAUGCCGACAGAGACAGAGAGACAGGGGAAGCAAAUCUUCCCAUGGAAGCAGUAAACCUCAGGAAGCUCCCCAAAGUGUGACUGCCACAGCAGCAUCCAAGACUCCCUUAGAAAAUGUUCCAGGUAAUCUUUCUCCUAUCAAGGAUCCCGACAGACUUCUUCAGGACGUUGAUAUCAAUCGCCUUCGUGCUGUCGUAUUUCGAGAUGUGGAUGAUAGCAAGCAGGCACAGUUCUUAGCUCUGGCCGUUGUUUACUUCAUCUCUGUUCUGAUGGUGUCUAAGUAUCGGGACAUAUUAGAGCCCCAGAGAGAGACCGCGAGAACUGGAAGCCAACCAGGUAGAAACAUCAGACAAGAAAUAAAUUCGCCAACAAGUACAGUUGUGGUCAUACCAUCUAUCCCUCAUCCAAGUUUGAAUCAUGGACUCCUUGCCAAGCUAAUGCCUGAGCAGAGUUUUCCCCACUCAUUUUACAAAGAAACACCUGCUACAUUUCCAGACACUGUAAAGGAGAAGGAAACACCAACCCCUGGUGAAGAUAUUCAGCUUGAAAGUUCAGUUCCUCACACAGAUUCCGGAAUGGGAGAGGAGCAAGUGGCUAGCAUCUUGGAUGGGGCAGAUCUAGAGACUGCUGCAGGUCCUGAUGCAAUGAGUGAGCUUUUAUCCACUUUGUCAUCUGAAGUAAAGAAAUCACAUGAGAGCUUAACUGAACACCCCAGUGAAAUGUUGAAGCCCGCAACAUCCAUAUCUAGCAUUAGUCAAACCAAAGGCAUUAACGUCAAGGAAAUACUAAAAAGUCUUGUGGCUGCCCCAGUUGAGAUUGCUGAAUGUGGCCCUGAGCCUAUUCCAUACCCAGAUCCAGCACUGAAGAGAGAAGCGCAAGCCAUUCUUCCUAUGCAGUUUCAUUCUUUUGACAGGAGUGUGGUGGUGCCUGUAAAGAAGCCACCUCCAGGGAGUCUAGCUGUCACUACUGUGGGAGCCACUGCUGCAGGAAGUGGGCUGCCAACAGGCAGUACCUCAAGUAUAUUUGCUGCCCCUGGAGCUACACCAAAAAGUAUGAUUAACACGACAGGUGCUGUGGAUUCAGGGUCCUCCUCCUCUUCCUCCUCUUCUAGUUUUGUGAAUGGUGCUACCAGCAAAAAUCUUCCAGCUGUACAGACUGUAGCCCCAAUGCCAGAGGAUUCAGCUGAGAAUAUGAGCAUCACAGCAAAACUUGAAAGAGCUUUAGAAAAAGUUGCUCCUCUUCUUCGUGAAAUUUUUGUAGACUUUGCCCCAUUCCUAUCUCGUACACUUCUGGGCAGUCAUGGACAAGAGCUAUUGAUAGAAGGCCUUGUGUGUAUGAAGUCCAGCACGUCUGUGGUGGAGCUGGUCAUGCUGCUUUGCUCUCAGGAAUGGCAGAAUUCUAUCCAGAAGAAUGCAGGCCUUGCAUUUAUUGAACUCAUCAAUGAAGGAAGAUUGCUGUGUCAUGCUAUGAAAGACCACAUAGUCCGUGUUGCUAAUGAAGCUGAGUUCAUCUUGAACAGACAGAGAGCAGAGGAUGUGCAUAAGCAUGCAGAGUUUGAGUCACAGUGUGCACAGUAUGCUGCUGACAGGAGAGAGGAGGAGAAGAUGUGUGACCACCUCAUCAGUGCUGCCAAGCACCGUGACCACGUGACAGCAAACCAGCUAAAGCAGAAGAUUCUCAACAUCCUCACAAACAAGCAUGGUGCCUGGGGGGCUGUUUCACACAGUCAGUUGCAUGAUUUCUGGCGUCUGGAUUACUGGGAGGAUGAUCUUCGACGAAGGAGAAGAUUUGUUCGAAAUGCAUUUGGCUCCACACAUGCUGAAGCACUGCUCAAAUCUGCAAUUGAGUACGGCACUGAAGAAGAUGUAGUGAAGUCUAAGAAAGCAUUCAGAAGCCAAGCAAUCGUAAACCAGAACUCAGAGGCUGAGCUUAUGUUGGAAGGAGAUGAUGAUGCGGUCAGCCUGCUUCAGGAGAAAGAAAUCGACAACCUCGCAGGCCCUGUGGUUCUCAGUACCCCUGCCCAGCUCAUUGCUCCUGUGGUGGUGGCCAAAGGAACUCUCUCCAUCACCACAACAGAAAUCUACUUUGAGGUAGAUGAGGAUGAUGCUGCCUUCAAGAAGAUCGACACAAAAGUUCUUGCAUACACUGAGGGACUUCAUGGAAAAUGGAUGUUCAGUGAGAUCCGAGCCGUGUUUUCGAGACGCUACCUUCUGCAGAACACAGCCUUGGAAGUGUUCAUGGCAAACAGAACCUCUGUGAUGUUUAAUUUUCCUGACCAAGCAACAGUUAAAAAAGUUGUCUACAGCUUGCCUCGAGUUGGAGUGGGGACCAGUUAUGGUUUGCCACAAGCCAGGAGGAUAUCACUGGCCACUCCUCGACAGCUUUACAAGUCUUCCAACAUGACUCAGCGCUGGCAAAGAAGGGAGAUCUCCAACUUUGAGUAUCUGAUGUUUCUCAACACCAUAGCAGGACGGACAUACAAUGAUCUGAACCAAUACCCUGUGUUUCCAUGGGUGUUAACAAACUAUGAAUCAGAGGAACUGGACCUGACUCUUCCAGGAAACUUCAGGGAUCUGUCAAAGCCAAUUGGUGCUCUGAACCCAAAAAGAGCAGUGUUUUACGCAGAGCGUUAUGAGACAUGGGAAGAUGAUCAAAGCCCACCCUACCACUAUAAUACACACUACUCCACAGCAACUUCUGCUCUGUCGUGGCUAGUUCGAAUUGAGCCAUUCACAACCUUCUUCCUCAAUGCAAAUGAUGGGAAAUUUGACCAUCCGGACCGAACCUUCUCAUCCAUUGCAAGGUCAUGGAGAACCAGUCAGAGAGAUACCUCUGAUGUCAAGGAACUAAUUCCAGAGUUCUACUACCUACCAGAGAUGUUUGUCAACAGUAAUGGGUACCAUCUGGGUGUCAGGGAGGACGAAGUGGUGGUGAACGAUGUGGACCUUCCCCCCUGGGCCAAGAAGCCAGAAGACUUUGUGCGGAUCAACAGGAUGGCCCUGGAAAGUGAAUUUGUUUCUUGCCAGCUCCACCAGUGGAUCGACCUUAUAUUUGGCUACAAACAACGAGGGCCCGAGGCUGUCCGUGCUCUGAAUGUUUUUCACUACUUGACCUAUGAAGCCUCCGUAAACCUGGACAGCAUCACAGAUCCAGUGCUCCGGGAGAUUCCAGAAGCUUAUUUCAUUAGAGACCCCCACACGUUCCUCCUUACAAAGGACUUUGUUAAGGCCAUGGAAGCACAGAUACAGAAUUUUGGACAGACGCCAUCUCAGUUGCUCAUCGAGCCACAUCCUCCUCGGAGCUCAGCCAUGCACCUGUGUUUCCUUCCACAGAGCCCGCUCAUGUUUAAAGAUCAGAUGCAGCAGGAUGUGAUAAUGGUGCUGAAGUUUCCAUCCAAUUCUCCUGUGACCCAUGUAGCCGCCAACACCCUUCCCCACCUGACUAUCCCUGCAGUGGUGACAGUGACCUGCAGCAGACUGUUUGCUGUGAACAGGUGGCACAACACAGUAGGUCUCAGAGGAGCCCCAGGAUACUCCUUGGAUCAAGCACAUCAUCUUCCUAUUGAGAUGGACCCAUUAAUUGCAAAUAAUUCUGGUGUGAACAAGCGGCAGAUCACAGACCUUGUGGACCAGAGCAUCCAGAUCAAUGCCCACUGCUUUGUGGUCACAGCAGAUAAUCGCUACAUUCUCAUCUGCGGGUUUUGGGAUAAGAGUUUCAGAGUUUACUCUACAGAAACUGGGAAACUGACGCAGAUUGUGUUUGGCCACUGGGAUGUGGUCACAUGCCUGGCCAGGUCCGAAUCCUACAUCGGUGGGGACUGCUACAUCGUGUCUGGAUCUCGGGAUGCCACCUUGCUUCUCUGGUAUUGGAGUGGGAGGCACCACAUCAUUGGCGACAACCCCAAUAGCAGUGACUAUCCUGCGCCCAGAGCUGUCCUCACAGGCCAUGACCAUGAAGUCGUCUGUGUCUCCGUCUGCGCGGAACUCGGCCUCGUUAUCAGUGGUGCUAAAGAAGGCCCUUGCCUUGUCCAUACCAUCACUGGAGACCUUCUGAGGGCCCUAGAAGGGCCAGAAAACUGCUUGUUCCCACGCUUGAUUUCUGUAUCCAGUGAAGGCCACUGCAUCAUAUACUAUGAGCGAGGACGGUUUAGCAACUUCAGCAUCAAUGGAAAACUUUUGGCUCAAAUGGAGAUCAAUGAUUCCACUCGGGCUAUUCUCCUGAGCAGCGAUGGACAGAACUUGGUGACUGGAGGGGACAAUGGUGUGGUGGAGGUCUGGCAGGCCUGUGACUUCAAGCAGCUGUACAUUUACCCCGGAUGUGAUGCUGGCAUUAGAGCAAUGGACUUAUCCCAUGACCAAAGGACUCUGAUCACUGGCAUGGCUUCCGGCAGCAUUGUAGCUUUUAAUAUAGAUUUUAAUCGGUGGCAUUAUGAGCAUCAGAACAGGUACUGAAGAGAAGCUGCAGAGGCCACGUUCACGUGAGAGCACAAGUUGCUCUGUGGAAAGGCGGUAUCUCUGGUGGGGACACUCGUCCACAUCGGCUCUGUACAUCCAUCCCACCCAGCAGUCGCCGAACAUCAUAGUCAGGAGCCAUUUCAUCCUGUUUUUCCAGGACUGAACACCAUCUGCUGUCAAGCAAGCUCAUAUCAUGUAAAUUAUCUGAAUUAGGAGACGUUUUGGUAAUUAUUUCAUAUAUUGUCGUUUAUUGAGAAAGGUUGUAGGAAGCCUCACAAGAGACUUUUGACAAUUCUGAGGAACCUUGUGUCCAGUUGUUACAAGGUUUAAGCUCUGAACCUAACCUGCAUCCCAUUUCCAGCCUCUUUUCAAGCUGAGAAAAACAAAACCCACGUUUGAUACUUUGUACAUCAUAUGCAUCUUAUUUAAAGGGAUACUUUUGUAAAAGUGAAACCUUGUAUAAAGAAAGAGCGGCCUUUGUUAAUUUACUGUGGAGUUAGAACCCGCAUGCUCCCUACUCCCCCGAGUUUUGAUGGAACUGGUGCAUUCAAGCUAGAGAAUGGAAAGGACGCAGCUUGUUCAAAAGGGUUGAAUUUGGGCUCAAUCAAUAAUUUUGACAUUUUCACCAAAAUAUGAUUUGCUUUUUAAUCUAAAUCCAUCCCUUCUAAGUAAAGUUUGCUCAUAUAGCAUUUGGAUACUAAGCCAUUAUUUGCCAUUGUUGGUACUUGAUACAAAGAAAAUUCAGCCCUACCCUUUAGGACCUGAAGAUGCAACAGGAAGGGAGCCUGGCGAUGAGGGCCUGGUUUCUACUGUGGAAAUGGGAGUCAUGAUCAUUAGUCCCAAUGCAUCAACUUCCCAGCACCUGGACAUCUCUCCCCUGGUGUCAGCCACUGGCCCUGUCUCCAUGUUGGGAGAGGAUGAGGAUGCUAACAUUUCCCUCCUUGGUUCUCAAAUAGCUUAGUUUAAUAAUUAAUGAGUCAGACUUUAUUACAACAAUAACUGAACUUGUCCCUUUCGUUUCUUGUGAGAUUCUCACCUAAAACCACAAGCCUAGCCUAAGGCGCUUCAUCUUUUACAGUAUAGAAUGAUGGCUCUCAAAUUAUUUUUCCAUCCAUCGUCCCGAUCCAGCUAUCACCCAGGGGUCUAUACAUUUUCUUCAUGUUUCUUCUUUGUAUAUUUGGUGACUGUAUUGUCAUAGGUGUACAUAUCGUGUUGGUAGGGCUAUGAGGCAUGUUACAGGAAUGUAAUUUUCUCAGAAUUUCACUCACUUGCAGCCAUUGAUUUCAAAAGAUAAAGCAGGAUAAUGGGUUCUUUGUAUUGGCACUUUGCACCAGACACAUAUCAUUAUUUAUUGCUGUGAUUACUUAUUUGUCAUCCACCUUGUACUAGAACGUUUUAGCACUGAAUUAUUCCUUCUUCAUUGUUGUUUGUAUUUAUGAAAUUCUGGAAUUAUGGGAAAUCAGUGUACUGACUACGUUAUCAUCACCAGGCUGUGAGCAAUAUCUUGAGUUUGUAGCUUAGAAUUGGGAAGGCACUGAACAUCUGGAAGACAAGGUCAUUUCAUCUUGAGAUCAUGGUGAAAUAUUUUGGAUAUAUAAAUUCCUUAAGCUAUUGUAACCAUGUUUUAUUGCAAAGAUGUAAAAUAUGCCAGAUGUGUGUGAGUUGGAAAUCAAAAAAAGAAAAAUAAAAUAUGCAAAG